AUGUUUGGCGCACUGAGCGCCCUGGUGGAGACCGCGUCGGCGAGGGCGAAGAUCCUCACAGAUGAGGGCUAUGAGCUGGCGAAGCAGAUCGGCAUACUCGACGUGGAGGGAGACGACCACGGCGCGAGUGGUAGAAUUAGUGAAAUAAAAGGUGGCACCGCUUCUGCGGCGGCGGCGGCGGCGGCAACUGCGGGGGACACCGAGAGUCAGCCCUCUGUGGUGACUCGUGUGACAAAAGAGCUGCUCAUUCUGCCACCGCCGCAGUGGGAAUCACCCGCGGAAGAAUGGAUGCUACUGGCGGAGGCAGCGUUCACGGAAGAGAACAGCUGCAUCAUCCCGCCCAAAACAAUCUUGGGCGACGCGUCACUUGCGUCAAAGUUGUGCGGUUUGUUGAAUCUCGAGUCCAUCGCAAAUCUGCCAGAACCACCCGUGGCCAGUGAGUGUGAACCGUCGCAGGAGGUGGUAGCGUGGUUGAUGGCUUCGCCAGAGAAGCUUGGGUUUCGCUCCGCCGUGGUGCCUCGCCACGUCUCGGAUGGGCAGUACUGGGUGAACAUUUGCUGGCGCUUUGGCCUCUUCCGCGUCUGUCGCAGCGCAAGCCAGAUGUUAGAUGUAAUGGAAGUUGCGUCAACAGAGCCAAACCCACUUGAUACGACGGGUGCGCUGCGUAAGAAGGGUAUUGGAGUGCCAAAUGCCGCGAGACACUGGCAGCAAUUGCGCGAGACGCUGAAUCGCAGACGGGAGAUGACGGCGUGGGUGGAGGAACAGAUAUCAACGGUGCAGCAAGAGCUGGAGUUGGCGUCAAGUAGCCUUCAGCUGCUCACCAACGUAGUCAGCAAGCGGGAAACCACGGAACUCGGGGACUCCGUCUCGGAGAGCUGCAAGUACCACAAGACUAAACUUGGCCGACUCAUGGGUGAAUUAAAGUCGCAGCAGGAAAAGCUGGUGAACAGCGUCAUCUGCCCCGAUCACGGCUCCCUCUUCCAGCAGCUUGUAAAAAUCAACGAUCAGCUACGCGCGAAACUUGGGGCGUACGCCUCCUUGUCGAGCAAAAACCCUUCCGACUGCUGGGAAACCGUGUCCACUGGGGAGCAUGAAGAAGUGCCAGUAAAAGCCGACAAAAGUGGUGGAGACAAUGAAACUGCCACCGUGUUUGAAGCCAUGCUUCCCUGGGAGAAUGACGAAACUGAGACGUAG